CGCCAAAGUACAUGCAUUCAGUGUAACGAAAAGCUUCGACACAUCCUAAACACCGCAUGAGAAUCGUCACGCACGUGCUCUAUAAAAAACGCAUGUACGUGUGAAAGAGUGUGCUCCCCCCACCACCGCGAUUUUUCCAAACUCGACUUUUCAUUCAUUCAUCGCGAAAAAAUCAGUUGACAUUACGUCAUACGUGGUUGCCAGGUAACCGGCAAACCGCGACGUGCAUUUUUUCCGCAGACGGUUUUUGUUUUGGUUUUCGUGCCGGCUUAAGCAACUCGCGAUUAAGUGGCGGUUAAAGCUUUGUGGAACUUAAUUAUCAAAGUGACGGCGGAAUCUUGAAGAUGAUCUUCAAGAAAAACUUCUGGAAGCGAUGAAUAUCUGCAUCAAGAAUACACCAAAAUGUGACCAACUCCAAAUCACAGUGCUGCAAAUAAAUAUUUAACCCGCAUGUUCAGUGAUCAGUGUCUAACCCACAAAAUGCACCUAACCAACACGCAAACGACCGGCGGUACCACCACCUCACCAAGCGAGAGUACCAACCUGAUAAACGACACGUACACCAAGAUGACCAGCGACAUCCUCGCGGAAAGAACUUUGAACGACUUCCUCUCGGAACACCCGGGCGAGCUGGUGAGGACCGGAAGUCCGCUUUUCGUGUGCACAGUGUUGCCGCCGCACUGGAGGAGCAACAAGACGCUUCCGGUGGCCUUCAAGGUGGUAGCACUGGGGGACAUUGGUGAUGGGACCGUGGUGACAGUGCGUGCGGGGAACGACGAGAAUUAUUGUGCGGAAUUGCGGAAUUCCUCCGCCAUCAUGAAGAAUCAGGUGGCGAAGUUCAACGAUUUGAGAUUCGUCGGAAGGAGUGGACGGGGAAAAAGUUUUACGCUAACAAUUAUGGUAUCAACUAGCCCUCCCCAGGUGGCAACAUACAAUAAAGCUAUAAAAGUGACAGUGGAUGGUCCCAGGGAACCUAGAUCAAAAACAAGACAACAGCAGCAAUUCCACUUCGCCUUCGGCCAAAGGCCAUUUCCCUUCGCCGCCUCUGAUCCCCUGUCUGGAUUCAGGAUGCCUCCCAUCGGAAAUUGUAAUAACAUGUCUCAGUUCAGCCUAAGCACCACGAACUCUCAUUGGGGAUACUCCACAGGGGCGUACUCGCCAUACUUUACGCCCAGCACCUUAAGCUCGUGCGGGGCACCCGCCACUCAAUUCAACACCCCGGCCCUGGGUUUUUCCGGAAGUGCUCCGGACCAAUCCUCCACUCAAGAUGCCUUUACAGCCAGUUCCACCGUCAGCUCAUUGCUUCCGGAUACUACAGCCACAGAUCUGGACCAGCAUUUGGGCAUAGUAUCGAGCCAAAACCACACCACCAACCACUCACAACCAGCCCAUGGCUCUUCCCUACUUGUACCCCGAUAUACAACAAACCAAACCUCAGAUUUCUCAAUUUCGGGACCUCGAAGCCUAUCUGACAACUCAAGUGCCGCUGAAAGUCCUGUGCAGGAUGAUCUGUUAACCCCACAGAGUGCAAUUGGGGUAAACCAUGUCAACAACUCGCCCAGUAACUUUAACUUGCACCAAAAUAUGUCGCAGAGUGGUUAUACAUCCAGUAAUUGCAACAAUUCUAUAUACCCUGUGUUGCCCGGAUUGCUUUACUCGCAGCUAUAUUCAGCUGCAAAUCAGAGCCACAAUUUCCACACGCUGCAUUCGCAUCAUUCCUCGCAGAGUCAUCACAAUGAUAUCCAGAGCGUUAUGGAUCAUUUAUCGUCAACAAACCAAAGAAACCAGAUGAAUGGCACCACCGAUUUGCUUUUAACCAAUAAUGGUACAUGUGCUGCUGCAGCAAAUCGACAGGACGACCAGCGUGGUUUGAAUGCUACCCAAGGACCUAGGGGCCCUGGCCCCAAUGGAGAUGCGGUUGUAUGGAGACCAUACUGAGUUUUAAAUAAUUUUUAAAUGAGAUUGUUAGAUUUUAGUGUAAAUGUGCCAAAACUUAAUAUUAAUUUGAUUAUACAGUUAAUUGGUAUUACAA